GGUGACGAUGGAUUUCGUCACAAGUCUGCCGGUCGGAUCCAGCGGAAAGGAUACAGUAUUGGUUGUCGUCGACCGAUUGACGAAAAUGGCACAUUUCAUACCAUGUCGUACAACCAUCACAGCCGAAGAAACCGCGCGAUUGUUCAUCUCGACCGUUGUUCACCUACAAGGGAUACCAGCAGCAAUCAUCAGCGAUCGAGACCCGAAGUUCACGUCGAAUUUUUGGCAAGUCACGUGGGCUCGAUACGGCACGUGCCUGCAAUUCUCAUCUGCUUAUCAUCCUCAAACGGACGGUCAGACAGAGAGGAUAAACCAAACGAUGGAACAGCUGAUUCGGACAAACUGCCCCGACCGAAACAAAUGGGAGGACGUGCUUCCCAUAUUGGAAUUCUUCUACAACAACGCGCCCUCAGCUACAACUAAUCACUCCCCGUUUUACCCCAAUUACGGGAUGGACCCGACAUGAGGACGACACGUGGGUGCCCUCGGACCA